AAACAGGUCAUUUAGUGAGCUUUAUAAGCACAACCCACGAGAAGUAUUUUUGCAAUAGCGACCAUAAGGAACAAGAGGAGAAAUAAGAAACAUUUCAUCUGGAGUCAUUUAAAAUAAAUUUUGAAAUUAAAGCAGUAACGAUUUAAAAUUUCUAUAAACGAAAACGAAACCAAAAUUUUUAAAAUCUGAAAAUAAUUUUCGGAUUUUGCGUAAACUCUAGCAAAAAUGCUGUCUUUUGUAGGAAUAGGUUUAAGCGCAGCAUCGCUUUUGUUUAAUAUUAUAGGACUAGCAAUCCCAUAUUGGAAUUAUAAAAGUAUUGGAGAGUUUAAAAGUUAUAUUGGAUUAUGGUCGACUUGUAGCCCCCAGCUGGGAGGAGAAACAGUAUGUAAAAAAAUACAGGAUGAAGGUCUAGACGAUGCCUUUAAAGCGACGAGAGCAAUGGAGAUACUGGGUAUGCUGCUCAUCCUUGCGGCACUAGUCAUUGUCUUGCUAAAACAGUUUGUCAUGAAGGACAAGGCGCUUCUGCCAAAAAUAGCCGCUGGUUGCGCAGUGUUUGCUGGCAUUCUGAUGAUAAUUGGGACUAUCAUCUACGCCACUCGAGACGGUACUGAUUCUUCAACUUUACAUGCUGGUUUUGCACUGUGCAUUAUUGCAGGUGUUAUAGGGAUCGUUGCAGGCGUUGUGAUUUUUCUCGGUUCCAAGGGCGAUUGAUCGCCACUAUAUCAGAUAUGGCGAGAAACAAAUGACAAUUGAGUUUCUGGCUACAGUAUAUGUGUAGACAACGUAAUAUAGUAAAACUUGUAUUCUUUUAUUUAAUCAGGACUUGUUUGUAUUUGAUUAAUACUGUAAAAGCGCAUAUUUUCGCUGGGUUAAAAUUUAGCGAGUCUGAAAUAUUGAGUAUGUUCGCGUGGUUUUAUAUUCGCGAUAUUGUAAAAAAGUAAACUGCCUACUUUCAUUGUAAGGCUGGUGUAUAUUAACUUUAGAGCGUUACUAGACAUGUAUGUUUAAUUGCUAAAUGUCUACUGAUCUAAGAUACUAGUACCGUAAAGAUCGAUUGCUAUUAAAUCAUAUGGAUAUUAUUACACCUCUAAUUACCGUUUCAAUUAGAUAUGUUGAGAAAUGUUUGUGCUAUGACUAGAUUUUCUUGAUUUGAAUUAUAUUUAUAGUCAAUAUUUACGCGAGGAUAAAGGUUCGCGUAUUGAAGGACCUCGCGAAUACAGCGAAAAUUAAACCCUCGCGAAAAUUUCUGCUUUUACUAUUUUACAUGUUGAUUUUUCUCGCUUCAGGUAAACUCCGUCUACUGUUAUUAUUUUCACAUUCUGUGUUUAAGAAAAUGUGUAAAAUUUACAUUUAUAGAUAUGUCGUAAUGAAUAAUAAACAUUUUGAUAGUGUU